UGCAUCCCAGUGGCACCAGCAGAGGGCGCUGCCCGAGAAGCCUGAGUCCUGCAGAAGGAGGAAGCCGUAGAGGUGUAGUACAGUACUGUGGAGCCGCUGCUGCUGCUGCUGCUGCAGGGUGGGUAGAGGAAGGGCUGGAGGUGCAGUGACAGCAGAGGGUGCAGCAGGAAUCAUGUCUGUGAACCUCAGUAAGAACGGGGCAGCCCUGCAGGCCGCAUAUAAGGAUGUUGUGGAUGGGAAGACCAAGACGAACUGGGCCCUCUACACCUAUGAAGGCAACAACAAUGACAUUAGACUGGCGGGGACUGGAGACGGGGGUCUGGAGGAACUGGUGGAUGAGCUGAGCAGUGGGAAAGUGAUGUACGCCUUUUGCAGAGUAUUGGACCCCAACUCCGGCCUUCCCAAAUAUGUCCUUAUUAACUGGACCGGGGAAGGUGUGAAUGACACUCGGAAAGGAAUAUGUGCCAAUCAUGUCAGCACUAUGGCAAACUUUUUAAAGGGAGCGCAUGUUACAGUUAAUGCCCGGGCUGAUGAGGAUGUAGAGCCAGACUCUAUCAUGGAGAAGGUGGCCAAAGCUUCCGGAGCCAACUACAACUUCCAUCAAGAGAGCAGAAGAGGCAAUGAUGCUCCACAAGGCCCUGUGGGCUCUGUUUACCAGAAAACCAACGCAAUGUCCGAAAUUAAACGUGUUGGAAAAGAAAACUUCUGGGCUAAGGCAGAGAAAGAUGAGGAGGAACGCAGGCAGGAGGACCAGAGGAGGGCCAGCUUGGAUAGGGAGCGACUGGAGAAAGAACGCAAAGAACGGGAAAAGAAAGAGGCAGAAGAGAGAGAAAGACGGUUUAAGGAGAGGUCAGGGGAGAUAGAUGCUCAGAGGAAGCUGCAACAAGAGUCUGAGAAAACACAGCGGGAUGCUGCUGCCCAGAAGUCUGUAAACCCACGAGAGAUGUUCCUACAAAAAGAGCGGUCUCUCCCUAGUGCCACUCCAGUGAGUGCACAGCCUGGGAGGCUGCGCAGUCCCUUCUUGCAGAAGUCAACCAGCCAGCCUGAGCCUGAGUCUCCUCCUCCUUCCCCUAUAAAUCGUGUUCAGGAACCCCCUGCAUCCCCUGUGUACCGUGCCCAUCAGACACCCCCAGAUUCUCCUGUUCCCCCUGUAUCUCAUCCACCUCCAGCACCCACUGUCAAUGUGAAAGAACAAGUCUCCGUCCCUCAGCAUGACGAGGAGGAGGAUUUAUACCAGGAGCCACCAGAAGACCACAAAGUAUAUGAAGAACCUCCCCAGCAGGAGGAGCCAGUCUACGAGACGGGACUGGAGGAGGACCGUGGGUUAUGUGCGCGGGCGCUCUACGACUACCAAGCUGCUGAUGAUACAGAGAUUUCCUUUGACCCAGAUGACCUCAUCACACACAUCGAGAUGAUUGACGACGGCUGGUGGCGCGGAUAUGGACCAAGUGGGAACUACGGCAUGUUCCCUGCCAACUACGUGGAGCUUCUUGAGUGAGAGAUGAUGGCAGAUCCUGGGGGGAAUAGAGGAGGAACCUUACAGUGAGACAGGCUCCUAUUGCACUGAGAUGGUUAUAUUAUCAUGGGCUUUAACCACAAGACAA